AUGGAUGCUGAGAAGAGGAUCCGUCUGCUUCAGUUUGUCACCGGGACAUCCAGGGUCCCCAUGAACGGCUUUGCUGAACUCUAUGGUGAGAGACAACACUAUAUGCUUCCUCUGCAGAGCUUUGGCACAGCUCAGUAUGCUAGGAGAGCUGUAGGAGCUUUUUGGAUAGGGUUGUGUAGUAACAGCAGUGUAUUUUAUAGCUGAAUAAUACCUCUGGGAACUUCUGUGUCUCAAUCCCAAACUGUGUGGAUUGACCAAAGACUGUAGUACUGUAUGUUUAUUACCUCUUUUCCCAUGUCAUCUCAGGUUCCAAUGGGCCUCAGUUGUUCACAAUUGAACAGUGGGGAACACCUGACAAACUGCCCAGAGCACACACCUGGUGCGUACCUUUUAGCCACCUAAUUUCACACAAUACUUUUGAGUGUGCCUGAAAAGGAUUGUAAAACAUGUUUUUUAUGAUUGCUAACACCUCCUAUGAAUGUAGCAUUUAAUGUUAUACAUUUAUUUAGAGUUUGUAGGAAAACAAUUUUUUUUAAAUGCUCAGAGGGAGGAAAUUCUGUUUCUCUUCUCUAGCUUCAACAGGCUAGACCUGCCUACCUACGAGUCAUUUGACGACCUGCGAGAGAAGCUGUUGAUGGCUGUGGAGAAUGCUCAAGGCUUCGAGGGCGUCGACUAA